AUGUCAGCAAAAGCCCGAAAAUCUGCUCCCGGAUCUUCCGCCGGCUCUCGAAGCGGCACUGCCAAAUCAAAGCGGGAUGCAAAGUCGGCCAAAGGCAAGGGGACUGAGGAAGGAGGGGAGGGGGGAAAAUCCAAGGGCGAUCUCGAAGCCGACCUCAAGAAGCUGACGGAUGAGCUCACUGCCGAGAGGGAAGAGAGGAAUUACUUUCAGCUAGAGAGGGACAAAGUAAUGUCAUUCUGGGAUAUUACUAAAAAUGAGCUGUCGCAAAUCAAAUCGGAGCUUCUUAACAAGGAUCGGGAGCUGGAGGAGCUGGAGGAGAAACAUCAAGUUGAAAUUAAAGUGUAUAAACAAAAAGUGAAGCAUCUACUAUAUGAAUACCAAAACAACGUCGCCCAUCUCCAAGCGGAUUCCGAAAAAGCUCUGCAACUAGAUCAAGAAGACCACCUCAAUCGUGAACAACAGCUAAAACGAGAUAAGCGCGCCCUCAAGCUAGAGUUAAAGGAAUUUGAGCUUUCCCACGAAGAUAUCAUAAAGAAUCUAAAACAAAAGCAUGACGAGGAGAUCACAAAGAUGAGAAACGACUUUGAACGACGGGCCAGGGAACUGCACGGCAAAUAUGAAAAGAAGAUGAAGGUCGUUCGGGAUGAGUUAGAGUUGAAACGGAAGAAUGAGAUCCAUGAGAUUGAAGAGCGAAAGAAUGGACAGAUUAAUGCGCUAAUGAAGAACCAUGAUAAAGCCUUCGGAGAGAUCAAGAACUACUACAAUGAUAUCACUUUGAACAAUCUGGCGUUAAUCAAUUCGUUAAAGGAACAAGUCGAGGACAUGAAAAAGAAGGAAGAGCGCAAUGAGAAACAAAUGGCCGACAUUGCAUCCGAGAACAAGCGUCUCUCUGAACCUCUUCAAGCAGCCCUCUCCGAGUGCGAGAGUCUCAAACGUCAACUGCAGAACUAUGAAAAAGACAAGCAAUCCCUUCGCGACACCAAAGCACGCCUCAAGGUCUUAGAGGAUCGGCACAAGGCGUUGUCUUGGGAACACGAAGUGCUCGAACAGCGAUUCGAGCAAGUCCAAAAGGAGCGGGAUGAGCUCUACGAAGGAUUUGUCGAUAGAAUUGUGAGCGUACAACAAAAGACUGGAUUCAAGAAUUUGGUAUUGGAAAAGAAAGUAGAGUCUUUGAAGGAAAUGGUGGAGAAGCGGGAUCUUCAGGUGAAUGAAAUCCUAAAAGCUACAAAUCUCGAGCCGGGAGCAAUGGCAGGCCUGACUAGGAGACUGGAGGAGGUCCUUGAUGCCAAAAACAGGCAGAUUAAAGAGCUCCAGUAUGAUCUGGCAAAGGUCACCAAGGCUCACAAUGACAUGAUACGAACAUAUGAAGCCAAGCUCACAGAAUUCUCAAUACCAGUUGAGGAACUUGGGUUCAAACCUUUGAUGAUGUCCACAGGAGCGACAUCGAAUCCCGCUGGUCUAGUAGCGGCUCAAUAA